AUGAAGAUGGAUUCUCUUCAUUACUUGAGAAUGAUGGAAGAGCAAGCAGAGUACGACGUAGAAGCUCUAGAAAAAGCAAACGAACUCCUGAAUCAGAAGGAGAGAGAAAUCCAGGAAUUAGAAACAGAGCUCGAAUACUACAGAUCUAAUUACUUGAUGGACACAAUAGUUGAGUCUGAACAUGAACAAAGUGAUGGAGCAAAUGAAGAAGAUACCACUGCAGAACACCAUGAAUAUACUGCCAAUUAUUCCUUCAAAUCAACCAUAGCGGAGGCGUCAAAGGGAAGCAACAGAUCGUUGAAUAACCAAACUUCAUCUUUAGAAUUUGAAGAUGAAAAGGUGUACAUCCAGCUAUGUUUGAAGAGGUUGGAGGAUAAGAUCAACAAAAUAUUUGCUAAUAGACUUUUACCAAGGCUUCCUAAUUGCAUAGAUACUGAAGAAGAGGCGAGACCGGAACAAACAGGGGAAGGGAGCGAAGAAAAUGGUGCAUCCAUGCACAAAAUUACCUGUAAUGGAAGAGUGACAGCAGAAGAAGAGUUUGGGAGUGAACAAAACUUUGGCAAUGUGAAAGUUGAAGUAAGUUGUGGAGACAAAAGAGGGGGGGAGGAGAUUGACUUCCUUUCUCUUGCGAAUAAAAUUUCAGAGCUUACUGGCAGGUUGGAAGCAGUACAAGCUGAUUAUGAUUUUCUGGAUCACUCUCUUAGUUCACUUCGCUAUGGCGAGGAGGGAUUGCAGUUUGCUCACAAUAUAGUUCAUCAGCUCCAUGAAUUGUGUAAACUUGGGAUUAGACUAGAUCCUCAGUCUGCCUCCUAA